AUGUCUCGUCAUAUCUAUCUACCAAUCUACCUACCUAUCUGUCUGUCACAGUCUCGUCAUACCUGUCUAUCUAUCUACCUACCUAUCUCUGUCUCUCUCGUCAUAUCUAUAUAUCUAUCACUGUCUCACCAUAUCUAUCUCGUCAUUAUCUCUCUCUCUAUCUAUCUAUCUAUCGAUCUCUGUCUCGUCAUAUCUAUCUAUCUAUCUAUCUAUCUAUCUAUCUAUCUAUCUAUCUAUCUAUCAUUGUCUCGUCAUAUCUAUCUAUCUAUCUAUCUAUCUAUCUGUCUCUUUCUCGUCAUAUCUAUCUAUGUAAAUCUCUUCAGACUUAUCUAUCUAUUUAUCUCUCACUGUCCCGUUAUGUCGCUCUCUCUCUCUCUCUCUCUCUCUAUCUAUCUAUCUAUCUAUCUAUCUAUCUAUCAGUCUCGUCAUAGCUAUUAUCUCAUAUCUAUCUUGAUACCUCUCUAUCUUAUCGUCUGCAGGCGUAGUUUUGUCACCCGGCCUCAUCUAGAAGAGGAUACAGCUGAUCCUAUCUAUCUAUCUAUCUAUCUAUCUAUCUAUCUAUCUAUGUCUCUCUCGUCAUAUCUAUAUAUCUAUCACUGUCUCACCAUAUCUAUCUCGUCAUUAUCUAUCUCUCUAUCUAUCUAUCGAUCUCUGUCUCGUCAUAUCUAUCUAUCUAUCUAUCUAUCUAUCUAUCUAACUAUCUAUCUAUCUAUCAUUGUCUCGUCAUAUCUAUCUAUCUAUCUAUCUAUCAUUGUCUCGUCAUAUCUAUCUAUCUAUCUAUCUAUCUAUCUAUCUAUCUAUCUGUCUCUUUCUCGUCAUAUCUAUCUAUGUAAAUCUCUUCAGACUUAUCUAUCUAUUUAUCUCUCACUGUCCCGUCAUGUCUCUCUCUCUCUCUAUCUCUCUAUCUAUCUAUCUAUCUAUCUAUCUAUCUAUCUAUCUAUCUAUCAGUCUCGUCAUAGCUAUUAUCUCAUAUCUAUCUUGAUACCUCUCUAUCUUAUCGUCUGCAGGCGUAGUUUUGUCACCCGGCCUCAUCUAGAAGAGGAUACAGCUGGUAAGUAUUUAUAA